UAGCCAGUUUCGAGCGAAACUACACAAGUAAAUUUAAAUUUGUCAAAUUACCUAAUUAUUAAUUUUUACAUAAGUAGCAAUCUGAAUUAAAUUAAAACAAUGUCUAAAGAGCCAGCGAGCACCAGUUCACAAUCGAAAAAUAGAUUCGAUGAAGCCAUCAAAGAAAUCAAAGAAAUAGAACGCAAAGACGCAGUUCUCACUAGCAAACAACAAAUUGAAAGGCUGCUUCGGCCAGGCUCCACAUAUUUCAAUUUGAAUCCUUUUGAAGUGCUUCAGCUCGAUCACACAACACCCAUUGAAGAAAUUAAGAAAAAGUACAAGAGAUUAUCUAUUCUCGUCCAUCCAGACAAAAAUCAAGAUGAUAAAGAUCGAGCUGAAACAGCAUUUGAGAUAAUAAAUCGAGCAUGGAAGAUUUUAGAGAAUGACGUAACGAGAAAAAAGUGUUUAGCUGUAUACGAGGAAGCAAAGGAGAGAACUGAUUUGCUUCUCGCUGAGAAACGGAAAAAGCUUAAAAAAGAGGGAAAACCCGAUGAAAAGCUACCUGAAGAUGAUCCUGAAAAAUACAAACACUCACAAUAUGUUUUGGUGAUGAAACUUUUUGCUGAUAUGGAAAGAAAACGACAACAGCUUGAAGUCCGUGACAUGGAAGAACGAAAGCGAAAACGAGAGCAAGAAAUUGAAGAAGAAGAAGCAAAGAAAAUGCAAAAAGAAUUUGCUAAAAACUUUGAAGAAUCUCGUCAAGAACGCGUUAAUUCAUGGCACGAUUUUGUUGCAGGAGGAGGUAAAAAAAAGAAAGCAAAAAAAGCGGGCCCCUCAUUUAACCCACCGAAAGUUAAAGCUGAAACUCGACAUCACUAAUCUCUUUAUUCAUCAUCAACAACGAUAAUUUAAUGUGAAUUUCAUUGACUACUAAAAACUUUCCAUAAUUUCUUCCUUUAUUUUGAC